GCUUUAUCUGACUAAUACAGCCACUACACAAUAUUCUGUACAGUAAAUUUAAAAAAUGAUAUACCUACUAGUUAUGUCAUUAACGUGACACAGCAAGUUACAUCUUUCCGCCACGAAAGCAUAAAAAGCCGUUCAAGCUUCUAUAAGAUUCUAGUAAAGUACAAGAUUCAAGCGGUGUAUUUCGCAGCGGUAACGCCUUUUAUCUUGGAAUUCUAAGCGUGUAAAACAUUUAAAAUGGCUAUCGAAAUUGAUCCUCAACUCUUCGGAGUAUUUGCCUUCUGGUCUGGUAUUCUGAUAUUAAAGAUUAUGAGUAUGGCACUUUUGACUGCAAAACAGCGAUUUGCAAAAAAGGUGUUUGCUAAUUCAGAGGAUCUUAUGAAUAAAUCAGACGCAAAGGUCAAGUAUGACGAUCCAGAUGUGGAGCGUGUACGUAGAGCACAUCAGAAUGAUCUUGAAAAUAUUUUGCCCUGGUUUUUAAUUACAUUUAUUUGGCUGCAAACUGGUCCUUCCGUUUGGCUAGCUACUCAGCUCAUCCGUGCCUUUGCAAUUUCAAGAUGCACACACAGUUUAUUUUAUGCUGUUGUUCCUAAACAACCCCACAGAGCAUUAUCUUUUUUCGUUGGAUAUUGGAUUAUGUUUUAUGAGGCUGUUUCCGUUAUACUGCACUUCCUCUGAAGCGUACAAUUACUGUCUGUACUUAUAGCUCUAUAGAUUUCUUUUAAAAAGUUUAGCAAUUAAGGUAAAGACAUAAUGUGUUAUGAUGUCAUAAUUAUAUCAUAUAUUGAUAGCAUUUGUUUGGCCAUAGAAUAUUUAAUAUUAAUAGAACGUUAAUAUUCAAUAUAUUUUUUUAUAUUACAAUAUAUACUUCUCAGAAUA